UAUCAGCAGUUCAGCACACAGCCCGUUCCAAACCCUGCCCCGAGAGACGAUGAGCCGCCGCCGCCAUUCCACGCCGGCGCCGGCGACGGCGGCCCCGCUGGACGACGAAGACCUGCUCCGUGAGAUCCUCCUCCGCCUCCCUCCAAACCCAUCCUCUUUCCCGCGCGCCUCCCUCGUCUGCAAGCGCUGGCGCGGCAUCCUCUCCGACCCCCGAUUCCGCCGCCGCUUCCGCAAGCACCACCGGAGAUCUCCACUCCUCGGCUUCUUCCUCAAGCAAUGGAACGCUGCCCCCGUCUUCGCUCCCCUGCUGGACCCUCCCGACUGCAUCCCCGUCGCCCUGCCGGAGAACAUCGGCGGUGGGAUUCGAUGGGACUUCUCCUUCUCCUUCCACGGCUGCCGCCACGGCGUGGCGGUCUUCCUCGACCGAAAGCGCCCGGAGGUAUUCCUGUGGGACACCCUCACUGCCGUCCAACGGCGCGUGCAUAUGCCACCGAGCUUUGCCUUCGACCAUCAUGACACAAAUGGCACCGCCCUGAGUGCAGCCGUGCUGUGCGCUGAUUCCGACGAUUGUCACUUGACCCCAUUCAAACUGGCCUUGACUAGCCAGAACUCCGAUCGCACAAAGACGUCCGUUUGUCUCUACGAAUCCAACACUGGUGUGUGGGGAGAUAUUAUGUCCAUAACCACUGCAGGAGGAAUUCUUUCCGCAAUUCUUUCCCAAAGGCCCAGCGUCCUGGUUGGGAAUGCACUUUGCUGGUUGCUUUCUGGAGGCGGCAUCCUUAAGUUCGAUUUUCAAAGGCAGACCCUUGUUGUGAUUGACAAGCUGGCAGACCUCCAUUUUACUGGCCCUGAAGAGGUCUUGUGGUCCUACCAGAUCUUACGAGGAGAGGAUGGUGGCCCUGGCCUUGCUGUUUUGUCAGUUUCAGAACUGAGCAUUCAGUUAUGGGCGAGGAAAUCUGAUGGUGAUGGUGUUGCCUCAUGGGUGCUACAGAAAACUGUUCAAUUGGAUGAGCGCUUUUUACGACACGGGUACCCAGUGGUCCAGAUGCUUGGGUAUGAUGAAGACACAAAUGCGAUCUUUCUGUCUUCAGGUUAUGAUGACUUCACGCUCCAGCUUGAAUCGAUGAAGUUUAAAUGUACUCGUAGAGGAUAUUACAUGAGGGACAGAAUCUACCAUCCAUAUACAAGUUUCUAUACUGCAGGUAAUACAUCGUCUCUGAUUUGCAUACGUAACACUUCACGCUCCAGCUUGAAUCGAUGAAGUUCAAAUGUACUCGUAGAGGAUAUUACAUGAGGGACAGAAUCUACCAUCCAUAUACAAGUUUCUAUACUGCAGGCAGGGAAAUUGCUGGUGGAGCUGAAAAUGUGAACACAUGAGAUCUGCUAACGUGCUAUGUUGGUUGAACAGGUAUCUGGAGUUAUAUUCCAGUUUCUGAGAUGCAGAAGUGGCUAUUGGCAGUAGGUUCUUCCGUUUUGUGUAUGAUGAAUUAGUGGAUGCUGAAAUUGAACCCCCUCUAUGUAAUUAACCGUGUAAUAUCUUCUAUCAAUAAUAUCUCAAUUUCCUUCAAAAAGAUAUAGUUUCUUAUUUAAUUAUACGAAUAGAACAUAUUGCACUCUCUGGAGAAGGCCUGCCACUAGUAAUCUACUCAAGCACCUUUUUUUUAGGAAAUCUACUCAAGCACUUUCUACCAUUCGUCAACUCACUUUUGUCUUGUCCUGCCUUGCUCCAAUCAACAGCCCUUAGCAUUAGAAUUAGCAUCAGCAUUGCUCUCUCACAUAUAAAGCUAGUGAUCUGACUGUACUUAGAUAAUGCUCUCUCACAUCAGUACCUGGUGAUUGGUGUCUGGAGAGACAUUGUUUGUAUACAAUAUUAUUAUGUAAUAUUUAUAUAAGAUGGCUAGGAUGAAGGAUGCCUAGCUAGCUAGCUAGUUAGUGCUUACCACCUAGGAUUUCCUUUCAUGAAUGAGACCUGUAACUUUUUGUAGCACCAAAGGUGAGUGGCAGUGCAGGCCUAUCUAUAUAUAAUCUGGCAGUUCAUGAGAAGCCUAGCAGAGCAGUCAUCUUGUAGGUCAAAGUUAACUACACACAAUGUGGGUGGAUGAGUGGAUGCCGGUGAUCGGAAUGCUGGUCUUCGAUCUCAUCUCGGCGGUGAUGACGGCGCUGGUGAAGAAGGCACUUGAGCAAGGGCUGAACCGCCUGGUCCUCGUCACACUCCGGCAGCUGGUGGCCACCAUCUUCCUUGCUCCGAUAGCCUAUUUCAAAGAACGGAGCACAAGGCCCGAGCUCACAGUGGAGAUCUUUGUGUACCUCUUCUUCAGCGCUGUCCUCGGCGUCGUGCUCUUGCAGUACACCUUGUUCUACGGCUUGCUGUACACCACCGCGACAUUCGCCAUAACCUUCAUCAACCUGUCUCCUGUGCUCACCUUCAUCAUCGCUGUCGUGCUGAGGAUGGAAUCGCUCAAGGUGAAGAGCAUGGCAGGAGCUGCAAAGAUCACCGGGACACUCCUGUCGCUCGCCGGCUUGCUGCUGUUGAGCCUCUACAAGGGAGUGCCACUGACGCACCAAGCCUCUGCUGCACUGAGCCCAGCAGCUGCUCACCAUGCAGCAGCAGCAGAGGGCAGUGGCAACAAGAGCUGGAUGCUGGGCACUGUUGCACUGCUGGCAAACUGUCUGUGCUUCUCCUUCUGGCUGCUGCUGCAGACCAGGCUGACCAAGAAGUACCCGGCCAUCUACUCCAGCACCGCCCUCAUGUUCUUCAUCAGCACGCUGCAGGGCGGGGCGCUGACGGCGGCGAUGGAGAGGCGCGUGUCGCUGUGGAUGCUGACCAGCAAGCUGGAGAUCAUCACCGUCCUGUAUACAGGGGUUGUCGGGUCUGGAGCCGGAUACCUGAUAAUUACGUGGUGCGUGGAGAAGAAGGGCCCGGUCUUCACCGCGGCCUUCAUCCCCGUCAUCCAGAUCAUGGUAGCCAUCAUCGAUUUCUUCUUCCUCCAUGAGCAGAUCUACCUCGGAAGCGUGCUGGGAUCUGCACUGAUGAUUCUGGGACUCUAUCUUCUGCUGUGGGGAAAGAAGAGAGAUGAAGCAUCGUCAGUUUCCUGUGCUGCUAACAAGCAAGUGGAUGAAGAGACUGAAAAUAGGCAGUGAAACUGUAAAGAUCGUAAUACACUCUUGGCUGUCACUCAGUUGCUUCUUUUGCUAAGAUUCAUUUCAAUUACUUCUGGUGCAUGCUUCCUGUAAUAUUGUAGGUGUGCUUAUGGGCUGACUAGACAUUUAAGGGCAAAUUGAGUUGUUUGUUUCUUUCUCUGGAUGGUGAUCUUAUGACAAUGUAAACCAUUUUUAUCAGUGUUUAUCGCUGAACUGCAAUAAAGCUAUAACAAAAUUAGAACCAUAGCUAUUGCUGCCUUGUAUUCAUUCCAUA